GUCGCUUGGAUCUCUGGCUACCAUCCUCGGCACACCGUCCCCGGAUCCACAGCAACGAGCCCGCCCUCACGGCUGCAACCACCCGUCACCCGGACCGCCAAGUCUCUCCUGGAUCGCAAUUCACUGCUGUGUGGCAUCCGAUCGACCCCGACUCUGGCACAAUCUCCAAGCAAUAUGAUCGAAUCCCUGAGCACGACACACCUCGAAGCGAGCCCGCAGGUUGUCGGCUGCGAUCGCCCGGUCGAUCAGAUUCGCCACAAUGUCGACAACGAUGAACCCCCACACUUGGAUGAUGACAUGAUUCCGGAGGAGGCCCUCAAGACGAUAGUGCUGAUCGAUCAGAACGAAUAUCGCGGCGGAACGACAGGACAUAUCCAGGAGGAGAGCAUGCCCUGCAUUUGCAAAUACGAGCCUGGAGACGACCGUGAAAACGCCUGCGGCGAAGACUGCAUCAACCGGGCACUGUUUAUCGAAUGCUCCGAGGCAGAUUGUCCGUCCGGGGAAUACUGCCUCAAUCGACGGUUUCAGCGGAAGGAAUAUGCACCUAUCCAAGUCUUCAAAACCGAAAAGAAGGGCUGGGGCUUGCGGACCAAAGCCGACCUCAAAGCUGGGUCCUUUGUCAUUGAGUACUGUGGCGAGAUCCUGCCGCGGUCGGUGUUCCUGAAGCGCAUUCGGCAAUACCACGAAACAGGUGCCAAGCACUUUUACUUUAUGAGUCUCAAAUCCGACGAGAUUAUCGAUGCCUCCCAAAAGGGCAAUAUCGCUCGAUUCAUGAACCACAGCUGCAAUCCAAACUGUGUGCUGCAAAAAUGGGUGGUGGAGACCCAGGUCCGCAUCGGCAUUUUCACGCUCAAAGACGUCAAGGCCGGCAGCGAGCUGACGUUUGAUUACAAGUUUGAGCGAUACGGAGACAAGGCUCAGGCGUGCUUCUGCGAGGAGCCAAACUGCAAAGGCAUCAUCGGUGGAAAAAAGUCGGAGCUCAAGGGUCUUGAUGUCUCGAAUGACGUCGAUGAUUAUGACGAUGAAGAAGACUUUGGCAACGGCAACGAGGCCGCCGUGCCUCGCAAGAAACGCGCUGGGAGCUCGCCUGAGAGCGACUAUGAAGAGGAUAUGGACGACCAGGAAUCCAACGGAGCCCGAGUGCCACGAAUCAAGUCUCUCCAGUCCGAGGAGGAUGUGCAAAAGUGUGUCAAGAAGAUGCUCUACACAACCAAAGCCGGUCGCAUGAAGCGGUUGCUGGCCAAAAUUGAGUCCACCUCGGCUUUACUCCAGCGCAAAUUCCUGCAGUAUCAUGGCUUGGUGGUGCUCAAGUCUUGUCUGCUACAUUUCAAGUCAGACAACGAUAUCACCAUGACGGUCUUGCGAAUCUUGAAGAGUCUGCCAAUCACCACCCGCAACACAAUCGUAGAUACCAAAAUCGAAACCAUUCUUAAUCUAUUUAUUGAGACCAACUCGCAGAGCGAGCUAUCCGGAUUUGCGCAGGAAGUCAUCACCGCCUGGAGCACCUUGCCGCUUGUCUACCGAAUCCCCAAACGAAAGCAGGCGGACGGGCCGACCGAAGCGGCGUCCCUGGCAGCGUCAGCGUCAGGCACGGGCGAUUCGAGAGACUCGAGUGCCAAGCGAAUCCGAGAAAGCGGGACAAGCUACUCAUCGCCCAGCUCGCAUUCGGACUAUGUAUCCCUUACGGAUCGGCUGUAUGGGCCGUAUACUGGACGAUAUUCUACCCCGGUUGAGCGGCGGGUCGCGUGGCAGCCGGGCUCAACAUCAUCAAGGUCGCCGGCAAGCCCUCCGAUCCGGUCGUACUCAUCACCACGAACCUACUCGGCACAGCACCAGCGAGAGUACCCGCGAUCAGAACCGUCACGAACAGCGUCAUCGUACGAAUCGGGCGAGUCUAGGCGGGUGCUGCCGAGCAUGUGGCGGAAAGCGUACGACUCGUCGGGCGUCCCCUACUACUACCAUGUCGAAACCGGUCACACACAAUGGGAGUUUCCGGAUUCGGAUGCGGCCCCGAAGAGCAGCUCCAGGUCCGACUACGGCUCAAGCGAGUACAGUUCCGGCCGAUACUCCUCGAGCCGCAGAGGCCAGGACGAACGCGAUCUCCGAUCGGGCGAUGAGCCGCGGCAGAGCGCCGUAUCGCGGCCACAUUCACAGCACCACGACCGCCCCCCGCCGUCAUCGUCGCUCUCGCUGUCGUUGUCGUCGUCGUCGUCGUCAUAUGACCAGCGCUAUCGCCAUGACCAGCCUCCGAGCUCGUCCCAUUACAGCCGACCGGCGGCACACGAAGCUCGCAGCACGACCCCGACAGACCAGGAUGCGCCAGUAGCCACCCCACGCUAUAACGGAAGCUUGGCUGAGAGCGACCCGAUAGACACCACAAGCUACUACUCAUCCGUUGGAACGCUGGAUGGACCGUCGCUCCAAACCGAAUUGGCGGAAGACAAGCCCGGACAAGAUGGAACGCAGCGAGAUGAUUUCCACGAGCUGCGUAUCGAGAUAUCGCAAUAUGUGGUCAGGUACCUUAGCAAACACAAGGAAGCCAUCAGACCGGAUAUUUUCAAAAAGUUUGCUCGAAAGCUCUCGCACGAGAUUCUCGAGAAAGAGACUCGGAAAAAACACCCACCCAAGAACAUGACGGACGACUUGAAGAAGAAGAUGAAGGGCUUUUUGAAGGACGAGGUUGCCCGGAUACUGAAGCGGCAAGACGAUCUGUAGUCUCCGGUACCAGCCUCUGUUGCCUGCACUUGGUUGUAUCGUCCGUGUCUGUGCCAAUGCCUCAUCGCCGUAUCGCCAUAUUGCCAUCGUGUUAUGUUGCCAUAUUGCCAAAGCAUCAUAUUGCCACAUCUGGCGGGACGCCCUCACAGUCCCAUAUGUCAGCGUAGUAUGUGAUGAGCUUGCGUCAAGCAGAGCCAUACAAAAUAGAACAGAUCACUUUGGCAGCCUCUGAGUGAAACCACUGGUCGCUCUCCGGUCUCCACACUCGACCUGCAC